AUCCUGGGGUGGGUGGGUGAGCUGGAGGGAGCGCUGGCUGGCUCUCGCAGGCGGGGGGGGGGGACCAGCCCUCUCAGCAGGUGGCUUCUGCGGGGCGGGGCGAGCGAGCCCCUCCUCCUCCUCGCCUCGCCAUUGGCUAUAAGGAGGGCCGGGGGGCGCCUGGCUGCCAGAAAGUGAGUCGCAGGUGGUGCCGUCGGGGGAAGCAGCAGCAGCAGGCGCGCAGUGCGAGGGCGCGGCAGGCGAGCGAGGUCACCAAUGCAGUCUUGCGUCCAGUGGUGGGGGCGGCUGGUGGGCCGGGGGGCCAGCCUGCACGGACCCCACGGGGGAGCCUUGGGGGGCAAGAAGGCGCCCGGCCGAUGGGGAGGACGCCGGGAGCAGCAGAGGCUGGCUGGGGUGAGGAGGAGCAGCAGCAGCAGCGCCGUCGGAGAAAGCGCCGCCGCCGCCGCCGCCGCCUCUCCAAACACCUCGAGGCGCAUCGAGAGACUCCUGCCCAGGCACGAUGACUUCUCCGAGAGGCACAUCGGCCCGGGGGACAAAGAGAAGCGAGAGAUGCUGCAGACCGUGGGGCUGUCGGUGAGCCAAAUCCGGGGGGCUCCCUCCUCUCCCUCUCCCCGCUGACGCGCUUUGCGCCCCCAUCCCGUACCCGGACCUGACCCUCGCCUCCCCUCUUUUUGUGCGCCCCGGGCAGCGCUCGCUUUGUCUGGCCGCUCUCCUUUCCCCACAUCAAUAUCUUUCCCACCAUGUCACGCCAUCUGGCCUCAUUUCACUUCAGAGUAAAGAGCUUUUCGAAAGUGGGGGAGGAGAGAUCUAAAUCGCGUUUCAUAAAACCUCGGCUGCAUGAGCCCGAGCUCUUCAGCAAAGAUUCCUCGUGAGUUUUUCCUCCCUUCACCCGUUCCUCUUGUUUGGACCCUUUGUCUGAAUAAUCCCCCUUUUUGGUGCGCGGCUUAGGUGUUGCAGAACUUCAAACUUGCAGUCGGUUCAUGUGAUGCUUUUCACCCUAUCCCUUGCCUUUUUAGAGUAUUGACGAGUUGAUCGAUAAAACAAUUCCUGGCAAUAUCCGCUUGCAACGGCCUCUGAAGAUGGAUGACCAUAUUUGUAAGUGUCCCUUUCAGCCUAGGGGCAAAUAAAAAGCCUCAUAUGAAAUCUUCCCCUCUCUGCUUUUCAUUGCUUCUGAUUUAAUUAGUAUAGCUGGGUAGGAGAAUUUCAUUCUCCCUAUCAGCAAUAGAUUUAGUUGUGGGAUAGCGAGUUGUCUUAAAAGGCUUGGUGCAAAAACUAGAUGACUAUUGUGAAGAGCAGAAUACAGUCUGCAUAAACAUACAGGGGACACCCAUGUUAGUCUUUUACCCAUAAUUUCUCAAAAUCAUCUUUAAAAUAUAUAAUGUGAAUGAAUAAGCUAGUCUAAUAUACAUGUUUUGUUUUUAAAAAGUUGUUUGCUGCCUUUUUAUUUAUUUCGCUAAUUUUAUUGAGUUUAAUUUUUAUUUAUUUGAUUUUAGGAUAGAUUUUUUUAAAAAUAGAAAUAAAAUGUCCAAUAUGAUCUAUAUGGUCAUAUGCAUAAAUGUUGUUCAAAAUGUCUCUGAAGCACCUAUCAAGGAUGCUUAUGAUGCUGCUUUACAAUCUAAAAUAUUUGACAUUUUCCUGCCAUUAUGAAGCAUAUGCAGUUUUAGAUAACAUUACAUUACAUUGCCAUGCCCCUAGUGGGUUUCAUUAUUCAAGAAAUAGUUUAGGAGAUCAGAUUCUAACACCUUCAUCCACACUGUUUCUUCUAGGUAUGUCAGUUUGCAAUGCCAAUCAAAUGUUACGUGUGAUGAUGCCACAUUGUGUAGAUGCUGAUUCCCAAGUACAAAAAAGGAUUUUGAAAUAAGUUUCCUUUUGUACUUUGUCACCAAAUUGCCCCUCUGUGCAAAAUUUCAAUACUCAUAAUUUUCCUUGUUUAGAGGUUUUUGGAGAAACUUCCAGGGUUUGGGAGGCGGAAGGUACAUCUUUAAAACAAAAUAAAACAAAUGUCUAGCAGCAUCAAGAUUUCCUUAAGUGCUUAACAUAAAAGUGCUCUCUAAACAAAAUACCAGGAAAAUGUGCUAGUGACAUAUAGAUGGUUUAUUCAAACUUUUUAAAACAGUUGCACUAUUAUAAUCUUUUAGCUUCCUUCCCCUAGGGAUAAUCUCUUCUUUUUCAUCUGUGAGAGCAUUUAAAGAUCUAGAACACACUGAAUUGUCUUGCUCACAUUCUGGUGUUGUUCAUCAGCCAGCUGCAGUUUGAGUGUAAACUUUAGGCCCAGCAGCCCUUUGCAAGGUUCUGGCCAGUUCAAUCUGGUUACUUUGUGAUGACAUCACAGAACAGAAGCAGCAGGCGGAAUGAAAACCCCCGAGGAACAAUAGUCUGCAAAGAUAGAUUCUAUAUAGAGGUAAUAGAAAAUGAUGGAAAAUUUAUUAGUCUGUUUUUUCAGCUUUUAUAUUUUUAUAGCUUAGCUUCUUUAAUUAAUUGUCUUCUCCCAGUUUGUGGUUGAAUAUUUUUUUUUUAUAAAAAAAUUGGAUUAUAUUAAUCCCUAUUUGACAUAAUAUUUGUGACUUGUAAUUUUUGGAAUGUUGCCAAUAUUAAUCAUACUUAGAGGAGACUCAUUGAAAUUAAUGGACGAAGUUAAUUUAGAGCCAUUCAUUUCAAUAGCUGUGCUCUCGGUCAAAUUUAGUUGGAUACAACCCUUCCCUAAUAAGAUAACUCAAGAGUUACUAUUGAAGGGGUGGUGGUUUCUUACAGCCAAUUUAUAAUGUUUGGGGUUUUUUGUUACCUAGAUAUAAUGUUUCAGUAUAAAAGAAAGCAUUGUGUGUCAGAUGUGAAAUGGUAUACAGUACAUGCAUAUUUUGCUCAUUCUUUUAAAAUGUACAUUUUGCAUUUGAUGUGCAACAUUAUAUCGGUGUCAUAACCAAACAAGCCACAUGACGUGUCUCUUAGUUGUUGGAAGUAAAUCACCCUAAGACCUCCAGGUAUAGGGUGGUAUAUAUAAUUCAAUAAGUGUUCCAUCCUCACAAUUAACAUUUUUUAGGGGAAAUUGCAUUUUCUGAAGACUCAGAAUAUAGACUGAAAUUGGCAAUGUUCCUGUGCCACUUGAAACCAUAAUUGACCAUAACACAGUGGGGUUAGUGCACAGAACAAAAUUAGUUGCUUUUUUCCUCCCCCAUUCUUAAUAGGAGCUGAGCAAUAGUUUGGCUAAGCAUGGCCCCCCAAUCUGGGUUUAUGAUUUGUGUUCCAGAGGCAAACAGUGGGCAGUAAGCCAAGAACAAACCUUGAUUACAGCUCAUGGUUUGUCUAAAGAGAGACAAAUCACAAGCUGAGGUUUGGGCAUAAUGCUAAGCCAAACCAUUGUUUAGCUUUUAGCAGUACAACAGGAAAACAGGGGAGGAGGAAAGUGGCCAUAAUUUUCAUCCUAUGCACCAACAUGCUAUAUGUUCACCUUUAAACUGUAGAGGGGAUCUGGUUUCCCUACUGCCCUCAGCUAAUGCUUUCAUUUUAGUACUUAGCACAGUGUAGCAUGCAGUUGUCUAGGUAUCAUAGGACCCUGUUAAAGGAUACUUAUGACAUCUAGGCUCCUUAGAUGCUGUAUUGCUUUUAAUACUCAAUUGGGAGCCGCCCAGAGUGGCUGGGGAAACUCAGCCAGAUGGGCGGGGUAUAAAUAAUAAAUAAUAUUAAUAAGUCAAAAUAUUCACAGACAUCUUGCUACUUUAAAACUGAAUACACUAAAGGAACAUAGUAUAUUGGCAAUCAUCUGUCAAUUUCUUUCCCUUUAAGUAAAAACUACGAACUAUGCUCAUUCUGCAGCUUUUCUUUACGUUUUAUGUUCAGAAUGUGUACGUUCACCUCAACUGAGCGGAAAUGCAGUCUGAUUUUUAAUAAUGGUGGUGGUGAGCUCUUCCUUCCCACUCUUCAGCAAGGAUCUCUUAUCCCUGCAGCAAGAUUUCAUACCCAGGCCAUUAUUUAUGGACCUAUAUAUAGCAGGAUAAUUAAGCAAGGGCCAAAAUGCAGUUGAGACCUGACCAAACUUUAUUUAAGGUUUUGCAGGAUGGCGACAAUAAAACUCCUGCAGCAAAAGCGAAGGAGUUGAGUUAGUAAUACUAAACUCUUCAUAAUAUAGUAUUUUGUGUAGUGAACAUGACACUAAUUUCAGCUUAUACUUAAUGCAAUAUUGCUCUUUUUGUGCUUGAGUGCUUCCUUGCUGACUUUUAAAUAAAUGAGCAUUAUUUGGGUCCACUGGUCCCUUAGUAUGUCUUAGUAACAUUCUGUAACAGGCUGCCAUCUACUUGGUAAUUCUCUGAUAACAUAAUAGUAGUAGUUGGCUGCAUUUCUGUUCAUGAGUACAGCAAGCUCCUUUGACCGUGGUUUUAGUCCACUGAAGCCUGUUACAGAACACUGCAGCUCAAAGUUAAACAUACCCUAGGGGUUGGUGGCAACUAGGUGCCUCAAAACUUUGGCAUGUAAACUGGAUUAUUCCAGUAUUCCAAAAGGCUAAGGGAGAAAUACAACAUUGCGCAAUCUGGUUGGUAACUUGUGCCAUAUUCUAAUUUGGUAGCAAGUGCAUAUGAUAAAUUCAUGUCAACAAGUUUAUAACACAAAAAGUCCCUUACUGGAUCUUGUUUUUGAACACUUUGUACUUGUGUCCCCUGAUGAGUCUAUAACUGAUGAGAGGUAAGAGCAACAUAGGAGAGCUUGAGGCAAACAAGUAUAUACUCUGGCCAUUUAUGGCCAAAGGGCUGUGAUACACAAAUGAAAGUGAAUGUACAAAGGUUUUCCCAUUUUUAUUCAUUUCCCACCCUUACUGCCCACAGUUUAAAACAACUAUACAAGCACCGUUUGCACAUUUUAAGUAUUCACUGAUAUUUAUUUAUGCAAUAUACUUUUAUACCAUCAUCAUUUUUAAAAAUCCAUGUUGGUCUACAACAGAGAACAAUAAAACAGCCCAUUAAAAUCCAACAAAUCUAGAAAUACCGUAAUAUCCCUACAGCAUCUGCAGAUUCAAAAGGCCCACCCCCCUCAAUCUUAGAGCAUACUUUAAAUGUAGAGUCUAUGGACCUGUCGUUAAGUGAUACUCCUGUGCACCAGAAUCCAUCCUUGCAGCUUCCAAUAAUUAAGCCUCAAUCCAUGGUUGCUGCUGCGGUAAGUGGUGCUCGGAAAUUGCCUGGUAAGCAAGCUACAAUUACUUCCUUCUUCCAGCCUAUUGUCCCCCCUCGCCGCAUGCAUUCCCAGGUGGAUUCUGCCGUGCUGGUUCCGCAAGGCCCAGCAUGACUCGAAGGGGUGACCAGGAGAUUACUUACUUUCUUAUCCUGGAAUGUAGCUGGCAUUAAACCUAAGCUGAUGGAUCCAUCCUUUGUCGCCUACAUAAAAGGCAGUCAUAUUCUUUUGCUGCAAGAGACCUGGGCUUGUGAGGGCUUCCCUAUCAGGGUAUAAGGGCUUCUACCUGAAUGCACAUCAGAAUUUACUAUCUCCUGGCAGACCACAAGGUGGGUUGGCUACCCUAGUUUCUUUGGCCUUAAACCUGCAGGUGGAACAAAUCGACAUCCAGUCGUCAUCCAUGCUGGGUGUUAAGCUACAAACAGCGGAGGAAGUGUUUGUGGUGAUUAAUGUUUAUUUGCACCCAAUCUAUAAGAAAAACCUGGUGGUCCAAAGAUGGAGGGAAAUUCAACAGACUCUUGAAACUCUCCUAGAGAAAUAUCCUGAAGCCACCUUCCUAGUUGCAGGAGAUUUCAAUGGCCGAUUGUCUCACUCUGAUAAAUCAUUAUUUGCUAAAUAUAAUAAAUAUCCCUCACUACCCAUUUUAACCUCAGACCUUUUACCCAGGAAUUUUAAAGACAGUGUUGCUACAUAUGCAGGUUUUAAAUGUAGACAAACUUUGAUGGCUCUUAAUUUUCACCUUUUAAACGGAGCUCUCAGUUCUGAUUACCCUGCCGAAUUUACUUUCUGGUCAGGCUCCCGAGCCUCUACCAUAGACUUUAUUUGGACAUCAGCAGACCUAAUUCCCAAAAUUUCCAACUUUAGGGUGGUAACGAGGCUGGAAAGUGACCAUUUUCCAUUAGAACUUUCUCUGACCCUGGAUGGAGAAUUGGCUACCUACUCCUGCGUGCCUAUUACAAAUAACCAGCUCAGAUGAGGCCCACUGCCUUAAAAUGGACCGACAAUAUGGCUCAACGGAUAAAUGAACUCCUUUGGUCUGACCAACUGCAAGAGACAAGGGACUCCUUAUCCAGGCAGUUGAGCCACUGCCAAUAUAUGACAAUUUAGUAGAACUGCUAAAACCUUCGUUGGCUAAGACCCCGGUAAUGAAUAGUAACCAUUUCUCUCAUAAAAAGUGGUUUGAUGAGGAAUGUAGGCACUUCAAGAACAACCUAUAUAAUGAAUUCUUGGCAUAUAGGGCAUCAAAUGACUCCGCACCUAGCAGUCACCUUAUGAUCCUCAAGAGAAGGUAUAAAGCACUAUUAAAGGAAAAGAAGCGUGCGGCAGAAAGAAAUGAUUGGAAGAACCUUCUAAAAGCUGCAGAAAAUAGAAAUCCCUCCUCCUUUUGGCACCAAAUUUCCAGAUACCUGGGUAGACCGUUGUCAAGGAUAGAACCCCAAAUUUCAGCUGACACCUGGGAAAGCUUCUUCUCCGUUUUAUAUGCAGCUCACGCAGCUAGCGGAGGAAGGUUAGAUUUGGCCCCUUGCCAGAGUGGGACCUUGUUACCUGCUCUGAAGUGGAAACACUUAUAGGCCAAUUUGAGGCGGGCAAGGCACCCGGAGACGAUCUUAUUUCCAUAGAUGUUAUUAAAGCCAAUAAGGAUUGGUGGUGUCCACCCCUAGCAGCUCUUUUUACUUAUAUAAACAAAACAGCACAAUUUCCUCCAAGCUGGAACUCUGCACUGAUUGUGUUAAUUCACAAGAAAGGGCCGCGCACAGACCCGGCCAAUUUUAGACCAAUUAGCCUGCUAAAUGUUAUCGGGAAGAUCUAUUCAAGAUUUCUACUUAACAAAUUAACGACCUGGAUGGAAAGCAACAAUAUCAUCGCAGAGGAACAGGCGGGUUUCCGCCCGGAAGAUCAACAACAGACCAAAUCUUAAUCCUAAAUCACUUGGCCACCAAGUACGCUGGCAAUGGCCUAAAAGCCCUCCACGUCGCCUUUAUAGACUUUAAGCAGGCCUUUGAUCUAAUUCCCAGGAACCAGCUAUGGACAAAAUUGGCAGCGACAUCUAUCGACCGCCGCCUUCUCUUGCUGAUUAUUAAUUUGCAUACAAAUACCCUCUUGAGGAUUAGGAUAGAUAGUAAGGGGCUAGUCUCCAACCCGGUUGCCACCACUAGGGGGGUAAGACAGGGCUGUUUGCUUGCCCCUGCUCUGUUUAACUUCUAUAUAAAUUCGCUAGUGGUGCAUAUGGCAAAUGCUGAUUUCCAUCCACCAAAACUGGCAGGACGAGCCUUGAAUGUCCUACUGUAUGCGGACGAUGCCGCCCUAUUAGCUACCUCCCCCAUCGGAUUAAGGAGGAUGCUUCGAGCUCUUCAUGAAUAUGAGACCCAACACGAGCUCCAAUUAAAUUAUGCCAAGACCAAAAUAAUGGUCUUUGCUGCUCGACCGAAACCUAAUUUAUGGUCAAUUAAUGGUAUUCCUCUAGAGCAGGUCAGUUGCUUCAAGUACCUGGGUCAGGUUGUAAGAUCAAAUAGGUCCUUCCUGGCGCACAGAGAAUACAUAGCCUCGAACGCAUCCAAAGCAGCCCUGAUGAUUAGAACCCUGUACUCCAAGAAACAGGCACAAACUGUCAAUGUUGCCUUACGUCUCUUUAAAAUGAAAGUCCUCCCUCUUCUGCUGGUGGGCAUUGCCUUGGGCUCACAUAGGGAUUUUGAAAAAUUGGAAUCUAUCCAAACCCAAUUCCUCAGGGCCAUACUCAGGAUCCCCCCCUCUGUGGCAGGUGCGAUCAUGAGGCUGGAAACCGGUUGUCAAGCCUUUAGGUAUGUGGCCCUGAAAGCGAAGUUAUGGCUAUGGCUCAAGCUCUGUUUCAGACCGGUGGGUUUGGCCCCCUUGAUUCUGAGGGAUAACUUUAAAUCUCCAUGGGAAGGGGAGAUAGUGGAGGAAGUGCAGAAGUGUGGGUUGUCCUCCCUUUAUAUAGAGUCCAUGACGUAUAGCCACGCAAAGGCGGUGAUCGCGCAAAGAUUAAGGGAUAUUGCCAGACAGGAGGACAUAGCCCGUGUGAAACCUGGGUUGUUUCUGGGGGAGCAGUUGUAUCGGGCUGCCCCAGCUCGCUACCUGGCGGAUAUCCACUACGUGGAAUACCGCAGACUAUUUACUGCGGCUAGGCUGAAUGUUCUUGACUCGGCGGUCCUGAAGGGAAGAUAUGGAGGAGUCCCAUAUGACCAGAGAUUAUGCCACUGUGCAUUGGGUGAGGUAGAAUCCACAGAGCACAUUUUAUUGAGCUGUCCCUUCUACAACGAUUUAAGACAGUAUCUUAUAACUCCAUACUUACCCCAGCUCAGUUCCCGACAAAGAGGAAAGCAGACAGCAUAUCUGCUAAAUAAGUCUUCUGGGAAAACAACCUUGUCAGUGGCUAAAUUUCUUUUCCUGGCACUCAAGUGUCGGAAACGUAUAAUUGAAUGCCUUGACGUGGGUUAUCUGUGAGAGAUCUAGUACUGUGGCUCUACCUUACUUAUGUACCUUAUGUAACUUAUGAUGUUAUAGCUUAUAAUUAUUGUGUAAUGUUUUAAUUCUGACUAUCGGUCGAAUAAAGAAAUUGAUGAUGAAAUACCGUAAUAGCAACCACUGUAGCUGGACAAUGACCAGCAAAGGCCUGGGUGAACAAAUGUUUUCAGUAGGCAUCAAAACCUCAAGAGUAGGCAACUACCCUGUUGGAAACAAUGGAGAUAGUCUGGGGUCAUGUGUGCAAUAGCCAGGGCCGGGCAGAUUAAUAAUAAUAAUAAUAGUAACAACAACAAUAUUAAUAACAAUAAUUUUAUUUCUUGAACUAGGAAUAAUGCCACUCAGCUGCUGGGCACCUUGUUUCUGAAUUAUAAAAGCUAAGAUGGAGCCGUAUGUGCUUUGUUCCCCUUCCCCCAUUCUGAGAUAACGGUGCCAAAAGAUCAAUGAACUCAGUGCUUGGUACAUUAAGAUCAUUGCCUCCGAUAAUGUUAUGCAAUGCUCCUAGUGGGAGAAAGAAACAAGGUCAGCAGCAGGUGUUUAUUCAGCAAAAAGAAUUGCCAGCUAAAGUUCUUGAAGGAUUACUCAACUAUUUUCAGUGUAGUGGGUCUGGUGUAAUGCAUUUCAUCUUUGCUACUGCCCUAGAAAACUGGAAGCAGUAGGCUGACUAGAAUGGCUGAUUUCCAAGUGUUUCUUAAUGGGUGUUUACCGUCCUCUCGUAUUUCCAGCUCCCCCUUCAUUGAGUCCUUUGCUUUAUAGCUUUUUCAUUGCACAAUGAGGAGGGGACAGCCUCAAAUUAGCCAAGUAGAUUCAUAAUCAGAGGCCAAUGUCUGUAUUCUAUAAAGAUAAAUACUCCAUACAAAAGUGUUGGACCUGUUUUGUACCUUUGGACUAGGCUAACUGUCAGGUAGAGGAAAAUAGUGCAGUGGAGUAAAAAAAAUGUUGAGUUGUCCUUGGUUUUUUUUAAAGGCAUCUCCUAAAUGUUUCCUGAAGUUAAAGCACAUCAUUAAAAAAACUUAUAUCCGUUUUUGGUGUAUCAGUAUUAUGUUUCUGGACUUUAAGCUUUUUAUGGUUCAUUUUCUGUUGAGUAUGCAAAGGACAGGAAGGAAACUGAAAAUGAGACAGGAGUAACUUUAUUAGUGUCCUGAUCAUUAGGCACACAAGUGAGUAGAACUGAGCAGACGAAGUAUCAUAGCAAUAUGGCAAACAUGAUUCUUAUAGUGCAGGACAACAGGAAAGAUUUCCAUGCAGAUAUGCAAGACAAAUGUUUAGAACGUUUAGAAUCAUAUGUACAAAUCACUUAAAGAUAAUGCUUGUGAUGCAGAUUAAGUGAACUCUGCUUAACGAGGUCCAUACUGAGAUCACUUAUUCCUGGACAGUGUUCCCAUAAUGGAUUGUAUCUUCCAUCUAUAUGUACCUAUUAGGCAGGGUGAUAUAUUAAUAUAUAGCCCAGGAAGGGUAUGAGGAGAUGACCACGAUAUCAGCAUCACUCAGCGGUAUAUCACUGGUGAAACCGCCACCGCUCCUGAGUCCCUCUGCUAGCGACUUCCUCCAGCGAGUGUUGCUAGCAGAGGGACUCAGGAGUGCUGGCGGUUUCACCAGCGAUAUAUUGCUGAGUAAAAUCGGCAUCCCACUCUGCCCUCGUACUGCGCAGAGGGUGAAAAAAGCUGCAUUGGCGAGGCACCGAUACAGCUUGUUCCUCCCCCUGCAUCUUUUAACUGCUCACCUGAGGAGUGUGCAGUUGCCGCUCUCCUCAGCCACAGGGGCGUAGGAAGCAGGGGCAGUCCACCCUGGGCGUCAUACAUGAGGGGGGUGACAAAAAGGCACACCGCGGUGGCCUCGCUCUGCCGCCGCCGCACACGGCAGAUCACACACAGCUCACCGCCCCCCCCAAGUGCACGGCAUGGUCGCUGUUCCAGGCACCCAUGCAGCUAACUCCGUCACUGCUCAGCCGAGCAGUUAAAGGAUCCCCCAGCUGGUGCUGGCUCCCGCUCAAGUGGAUGGCUCUCCUGGGGAUGGGGAACCCUUAGUGAUUUACCGCUGAAUGAAGCCGAAAUCGCAGUCUGCUCCUCAUACCGGUCCUGAGCGAUAUAUGCUAUAUCGCCCAGGUCUAGUUUGCAUUAUUACCGUACUUUUUGCUCCAUAAGGCGCACCUGACCAUAAGGCGCACCUACUUUGGGGGGGGGGGGAUUCAAGGAAAAAAAAUGCGGCCCUUGGGGGCUUUUGCGGGAGGUGGGAGAAGUGAGAGAGCCUCGCUCUGUCCCUUCCCCCACCUCCCGCAAAAGCAAGGGAUAGCCGCGCGAAGCCUCCCCAGGGCAGCGGGAUGAAGGCUCUCCACUGCCCUGCGGAGGCUUCGCAGGCUACCCCAGAGCUGCUCGACCCAAAGAGCAGCCUUCCCGCUGCUCCCCGGGGCUGGCGGUGGGGGACGCGCGGCUUUCCCCCACCGCCAGCCCCACAAGCUCGGGGAGCAGCCUUUCCGCUGCUCCCUGACCUGCUCUUUGGGGAAAGCCACCGCCAGCCCCAAAGAGCAGGUCGGGGCUAGCGAGGGAGGCCCGGGCCCCCCCCCCCAGCCUCAGGGACCACAUAUUCGCUCCAUAAGACGCACAGACAUUUCCCCUUAGAUUUUAAGAUGAAAAAAGUGCACCUUAUGGAGCAAAAAAUACGGUAUUUUCUUUUCAGGACAUAGUACUAUAAUGGUAGAUAAAGUGCUUAAAUGACUAGAGGUCAGGUUUCAAAUAGUCUUGAUUGCCUGUAGGAUGAAUUAGCCAUUUUUUAUUUCAUUUAUUUAUUGCUCUCAGGUGCCAGUUUUCACUGUUAAGUGCUAUUUUCAAGCGUAGGUUCCUUGACACUGUAUAUUCCCUUUCAGCAAAAUGUAUAUAAAGGCUGUUAAAUUGACACCAGAAGGUUGUCAGUCAGAAACCUUUGGUGAACUUACGUAACUCUUGCUGUGUAAUUUAGGAAAAGUUGUCCUGCGCCGCAGGAUAUAAACAUUUUCUCCAUUGCCCCAUAGCCACCAAAGGUGGUCUGAGUCUUGCUAAACUCAUUAUGAUAUCAUAGCAUAGGCCAAAUUGGAGCAGCUGAAUCAUGACCCUUCAGGCAUUGGCUAGUUUACAUGAGUUUAAAAGUCCUGGUAUGAUGCUGCAGAGUUGUACGGGUGUCUGGCGAAAUUAACAAUCUGGACUACCUUCGGGUAGUUUUAGGUAAGGGUGGUUACUGAUGGGCGGCAACUCCCAUCAGUCCCUGCAACUUGGUGAAUGUUCAGGGCUCCUGGGGACUGCAGCUUAGCAUCAUCUGGAGGGACACCCCUGGCUUAAGGAAACUCACUUGGCAUUCAAAAGAAUGCAAAGAAGGAAAUACAAUUCCUUUUGCAGGUUUGCAGAAACCUUAACAGGUUUCCAGCUUUUAAAAACCCGCUGAGUAGACAUGCUACAAUACGCUGCUAAUCAGAAAGAACUAAAUAUCAUCACUCAAAAGUGGGCAGUUGGAAUGUAGUGAUUGUGAGUGAUGGUAGCAAAUCUUUAUUUGCCUCACUUCUGUGAUUUUCAGCACUAAAGAUGAGCAGGCCAAUGAAAUUGGGGAGUAGAAGGGGAGAUGAAUUUGAGGUGCUAGCAGACCUGCACUAGAUUAUAAGGAGCAGCAGGUUCCAAAUGUACCACAUUAAUCAAUCCUUUUACAAGACUUCUACCAUAACUUUUUUUUUAAUUAGGUGAGAAUGAAAUUCUUGAAACUUUACACAGUAUUGCCAGCAAGAACAAGAUCUGGAGAUCGUAUAUUGGCAUGGGUUAUUACAACUGUUCAGUCCCUCAGGCCAUUGUGAGGAAUAUGCUGGAGAACGCAGGAUGGUAAUGUACCAUAUUUUAUCAUUAAACACACACCUGUAUUGUAUAUUUCAUAUUGUUCAUUAUUGUGCUGCCUGCAGGGAUUCAAGACUCUGAUGAAAGGGAAAAUGGUCAGAAUUAUCUGAGGAACAGAACGAACAGUCAUUAGAGCAAAUUUAUCAAUAAAGCAGAAAUGUUUAUUCUAAUACAUAAAUGUGGUUGUAGGUGCAGAUUGCUUCCAUCAUUUGUAAUUUCUUUUUAAGAUCAAUUCCCAUUCCCCACAAGGAGCCAGACAACUGACAAACCUGAGCUACAUAAUAGAUAAAAACAUGCACAAAUAAUAAAUCUGUUACCAGCUAGUGAUGCCUUGGGCUGUAAUCCUAACCUCACCUACUUGAGAGUAAGCCCCAUUGACUUUAAUAGGAAUUACUUCUAAUCAAAAUGGUUAGGAUUGCACUGCUGCUAGUCAAUUAAUUGCAUGAGAUUUAGUUGACUUCAUUCAUUUCAGCACAAUCCUAUGCAAGUCUACUGAGAAGUAAGACCCAUUAGGUUCAAUAAGGCCAUUUCUUCCUGUUGGUGGGUGUAGGAUUGCAGCCCUACUGCGUUUGUAUACGUUUACCUAUGAGUAAAGGCUAGUUUUAAUGCAAAAAGCAUACUUUCCCAAAAGCAGAUAAGUUAGAAGAAGUCAUCCUACAUCUAAAAAUAUACUGACAGAUUAAUUGGUGGCACUUCCUACUCAAUCAAAAAGUUUCUAACAAAUUAAUUUGUUGUUGCCCUAAUAAAUAAUAGUAAAAGGUAAAGGUACCCCUGCCCGUACGGGCCAGUCGUGACCGACUCUAGGGUUGCGCGCUCAUCUCGCUCAAGAGGCCGGGAGCCGGCGCUGUCCGAAGACACUUCCGGGUCACGUGGCCAGCGUGACGAAGCUGCUCUGGCGAGCCAGCACCAGUGCAGCACACAGAAACGCCGUUUACCUUCCCGCUGGAAAGCGGUCCCUAUUUAUCUACUUGCACUUAGGGGUGCUUUCGAACUGCUAGGUAGGCAGGAGCUGGGACCAAACGACGGGAGCUCACCCCGCCGCGGGGAUUCGAACCGCCGACCUUUCGAUUGGCAGGUCCUAGGCUCUGUGGUUUAACCCACAGCACCACCCGCGUCCCAAAAUAAUAAGUGGCCUAUAAAUCAUAGAAAAUAAUUUUUCAAAAUUAACCAUCAAGUAUAGUUCCUAUAAUUAAGUUGACCAACUGAGUUAGCUAUAAAUAAAUUUGUGAAGCUUCUGAAUUUUUUUCUGGUAAAACAUCAAACUUCUAAAUUUGCAAGAACCUUUUUUUCCAACUUCUACCAUCAGUUUACUCAAAAGUUCUAUGAGGUUAUGCAUACAGUAAAAUAUUCAAAAAGGUUCAAGGGCAUGCUACUAACUGCUGUUAAGUUUUAAAAGAUAUACUUCAACUAUUGAAAUAUAUCAAAGCCUUAGAAGAGGGUAGAAUGCGAAUCCCCCAAUGUACAUUCCUGUAACUGUUAAAUAAGGAAAACUUUUAUGGGUGUGUAAAAUUAGUCCUUGAAGAAGAUGAGAACUGAAAGAUGGGAGAUACGAAUAGAAAAGCCCGGAGGUUGUUUUUGUGUGUUAUUGUUUUGAAUAUUAUAAAAGACUAACAGGAAAGCACAGUGUGAGGCAAAUACCAUUCACUGACAGAUUUGGCAAGCAAACAUUUGAAUUCUUCUAGCAAGAAUGCAACUCAGUAGGAGUCUUUUUGUAAAUAAUUCCUGCUACUCUGCACAGAUAGUUGCAUACAAUUGCUCAGUUUAUUUGAUAGUUGCAUACAAUUGCUCAGUUUGUUUGUAGGUAAUACUGUGCAUAAAAAAUACAGUGGGCUUUUUCUCUCUUAAGGCCAAGUCUAGCUAUUUAGCCCAGGUAAAUACUGGCUGCAAUCCAUCUGCCCAAUUAUAGUAUGCAGGAAUUCUUUGCCUGACCAGACAUUUCCCCACAUUUCUGCACAGAAAUUAUGCUUUGUAAAAUUCUUCCUACUCAAAGAGGGUCAUAGGCAAUUGCUUCAAAUCCCCCAGUUCUGGCAACAGUCCUUAGCUAUCGUUAUCACGGGUAAGCAGUGCUCAAACAUUAUUUCUCUAGGCUCAGUACAGACUUACAACAUCCUCACAUGUUCUGCAGCUUGUAGAUCUUAUCUGCACCUCUGGCUUUCACCACCACCCCUGGAAUAUCACUAUCCCUCCUUAUGGUGCUGAUUCCUCAGUCCUGCUACUGGUCACCUGCCACACCCUGUUCCUCCUGCCUGUGCACAGGGAGUAAGGAACUCUGGGACUUGUACUUUAGAGAAACAAAUUCACAUCUCUGUUUGACUCAUCCGCAAGCAUUUGACUUCAUUUCCCACCCCCACCCCCUUCCUGGUAAUAUGCUUGCAGUGUAGAUCAGACCUCCCUAGACAAUUGGGACAUGGUAAAGUGUACCAGGAUUCCUUAGAUUGUGUGGCAUUUCUAGUUUUCUUAAUCAAAGUACUGAGAAUAGGAUGCGUUUAAAUAAAUAAAUAGUGUGGCUCACUAACCCACAAUCGGCUGUUAGCAGUGUAAUGUUGUGGGACAGUGUUAAGCUGCACACAUUUUUGUGCUGAUUCUUCCGGACUGUCUUCAUGCUAUCUGUCCGCUGUGGUGUUGCCCUGGAAACAGAACUAAUUAAUUCCAGUAACGUGACAUGAACAUAAAUGAACGGACAAAGAAUAGAAAGUAUGUUUGGCUUCUUGGAUGAGUUGACAAUAAGUCUAGACUUAACCCUAGAAAUCCACUUUAUUUUUGUAAUGACUGCCCGCCUGAUUUGUACUUUAUAUAUUUUCAUACUGAUGACAGUAUUCUGAGAUACUUAGAAAAUGUGUGCAAUUUCAUGUACUUUGGUUCAAUGUCUGGCAAGAUGUGAAUGAUGCCAGAAUGGGAGACCAGCAAUAACAGCCAACUAUCAUGGUAAUGAAUAUAUAAUCCUGAAGAGUGAUUUGUGUGUGUUCAAUAAGCGUACGCAAUUAAAACAAUGCAAAUUCUGGGGAUGGGAGAGGGACCAGUUUGCAUGGUCAGUAAUUAGUAAUGUGCCGGAUUGCUACUGUAUUAUGUGCAGCAACAUGUGCAGAAAUGCUACUUGCAUGUUAGGAGGUUGAAUUUCUCUCUUGGGGUUAGAAAAGUUUGUUUAAAUAUAUCCUGAACAAUAUACAGUGAUCAGUUUUCAUGAUGUUGAAUAGGAGUGUUUUGUCUACCUGUUUUCAUACUUUACUUGUGAGUAAUAUGAUGCUGUUGCUAUAGGAAGGUAGUAUGUUGGUCAGGAUCCAAAGUACUGCGCAACUAACUCCAUGGAGGCUUGUUCCCGAGGAACCAGUUGCCUUGGUACAUGGUAAACUAUCUGUGAAACUUAAGGGAUUUUCCAUAGUCACAUAGUGGUCUACCAUUCGAAGGUUUCUCAAAGGUAGCUGAGGCUUUGGUUUUUUUUAGAUGUUUAAUCAAGGUUUGCAAACAUAUCCAUUUAUAGCUUCGGUCCAGGCUACCUGAAAGAUCAUAUCUCCCUAUAUGAAACUGCCCAGGUGUUAAGAUUCUCAGGUGAGCACCUUCUCUUGGUCCCAUCAACACCAGAAGCUCAGCUAGUGGCGACACGAGACAGAGCCUUUUCUGUGGCUGCUCGCAUAUGGUGUAAUCCCUUCCCAAGAGAGUUAGAUUGGCUGCCUCUUGGUUAUCCUUCUGCCAGUAGGCUAAGACCUUCCUCUUCAGACCGGCCUUUGAAAACUAAGUUGCAGACAAUGCUGACUGCUGGGCUGCUGUUAGGGAAAACGGUGUUUUAAUGGCUGCCUCUAACUGUGCUUUAUAUAUUUAAACCAUUGUUUUUAACUAGUUUGUUUUUAUUACUUCGUAUUUUAUAAUGUUAUUUUUAAAUGCUGUAAGCCACCUUGAAUCCCAGCUUGAGAGAGAGAGAUGGGAUAUAAAUGCAUAUAGUGAUGUUAAUUAUAUUAAAUGAAUAACUAAAUAAAUAAAACAGCUAGCACACAAAAAAAGCUUCAUGGCACACCUGUCCGCACAUCCCUGUGAUCGUCCUUUGUGGCUUAAUGGGGAACAAACUGCCACCCUGCCUGGUUGCAUGCAGGAGAUUCUAACUCACUGCAAGUGCCUUGGUGAAUUGUUUAACCGUAGUUUAGAUGAUAGAAGUUUUCAUUUGGCUUACUCAUGCCUUAAAAUGAAUUCAGAAGCUUAUCCACAUACUGGACUGAAUGGGAACAGCUUCAGAGCCCGUAAAUUUCUCACGGAUCUUUGACUUCUCUUCUUUGAAGUCGAAACUUCACUGUGUACUUAUCAGAGGCUGAGCAGAGUAAAAACAAAAACAAAACUGUUCCCCCCCCAAAAAAAGUUGUUAUAUAACUUAUCAAAGCUAAAACCAAACACUCCUCCUUGCUGGAAAAAUAAGAAUCUGUAGCAGGGCUAGCCAAGGUCAUACCCUCUAGAUGUUGUUGGACUUGUACUGUAAGCAUCCUUGACCAUUGGCUAUGCUGGCAGGGACUGAAGGGAAUGCCAUCAAUAUUCUUUUCUUCCUAUUGCUUCUUAGCAAACUGGAGGGCAGCACGUUGGCUACUCCUUAUCUUUUUUUUUAAAAUAUAAUUUUUAUUAACCGGCCAAUCAAAUCAAAUUAAAUCACAUCACAUAAAUUCCGAAUUACAAAGCCAAAUUUUAAAUUUUGUUGUCGAGGGGACCCAUAUUUCAAGAUCCGAAGGGGGAUUCUGAUCAUCUUCUUGCUACUGCUUUAAUGUCCAAAUCAGUCCACAUCAGUCCAAACAGAGUUCAUAAUUCUAUCCAGUCUUAUCUUGCUGUUUCCACAUCACAUCUUGUUCAUAUAUUUUCUCUUUUUCUUUAUGAUCUCUUCUGAUAGUCUCCUUAAGCCGAUAAACACCAAUAAUAAUCCUGUGUGAAUUUUUCCGUUCUUCCAAUCCUCAAAUCGAGAUGGUUUCCAUAUAUCAUCGCCUUCAUAGAUAACAUCGCUCUUUCCAUCGUUAAUUACAGAACUGUCGUUCUUAAGUCCCUCUGAGGAGUUUCACCCACAAUAUAAAAACAGCUCUAUUUCUCUAUUUCUCCUCCCAGACUUAAGUCCUCCGACAGAACUUCCCAAUAUGGCGACGGCAUUUUUAACUGCGUCAUUCCAAAGCCCUUAUACAUUCCACGCUCUUCUUAAAACAUGCUUUGGUUCGAAAGUUUAUCUCCACACAGCCUUAAAUCCACAGCUUAAGUCCUUAAAACGACAUUUCUGACUUGUGAGGGGAGGGGAUUCUUGUUUAAUCACAUAAGGAAAGAAAGGAAAGUUUUUUCCCCCCUCCCCCAUCAGUCAUCAGUCCCUUUACCAUACCGAGUCUUGGCGUAUCUUCUCAUAAUCUAUACUUGUUCCUCCGACUCGUCUUGUUUUAUCAGUGAUCUCUUCUGUUAGCAGUCUUUACCCCCCCCUUCCUUGAAAUAUGUGCAUUCGCUUCAUCCAAAUUGUUUCUUUUGAAGUUCUUGCAGCUAGUGGCGCGGAUCAGAGACGGCGUCCAGAAGCGCCGAAAUCCCGCAGGAGGGCUUUGGGCCUAGUGCCCCCAUCCCCACAAAUUCGGGGGUGGUAUGGGACACAGCAGGCAAGGGCAGUCCCCCCCACCAUCCUGGGGGGGGUAGGGAGGCUAAUUACUCCCAUCAUAGCCUCCAAAUUACCUCGUGUGGGUCGGAGAGAUGUUAUUGUCAGCCAUCUUCUGAUGUGCCCCCUAGUGGCCCCGCCCCUGGUGGCCCUUAUCUUUGAACUACAUUUAGCCUUUCAUAGCUAAAGUCACUACUUCAUAAGUUACUCCUUUUGGGUUAUAACCUGGCCUUUGAGUUGACAACUGUGUUCCCUACGAUUCAAGUAAGGUUCCCUGCCUUGCUUUAGACACAACCAUUUUUCUUUCUAUAUGGGCUCAGCUACAUUAGGCAAAAAACAAUGUUUUGAAUGCAUUAUAAACACGCAACAGCAGAUGGUGGCAGAGAGCAAAAGAAAUUUUCUAUGUGAUUUUUACAGUUUUCUUCCUUUUAUUAUAACAAUUUCAUUUCUGACUUAUUUAUAGCGUGUUUUUUCCUGUGUGUAGAUCCACCCUUUAUCACUUGCAAUACGUUUUACUUAAUACGUUUUAGCACAGGAGUGGGGAACCUUUUUGGCUCCACGGGCCAGACUUUUAUCAGGAUCAAACUUGACGGGUGGGCAGGGCCACUUCCCUGUCAAUUAAACGAUGUCAUUAUGACAUCACUAGAUCAGUAGGUGACUUGUCCCACCCGUCAGUCAAAAUUCCUAGCGCUGGAUUCCCAGACCCCAACAGCCAGUGGGCUGGCUGGUUUUGGGGGACCAUAGCACAAGCAAAGUUGUUGGCCUUGGAAGUGGUGGUGGGGAAACAAAACUGGCCUAUAAAAGGCUUUCUUUGAUUGUGUGUGCCUGUUCUCUACAUCCCAAGCAGGGCUUAAUUUCUAAAUUAAGUUCUCAGCAGGAAACAGGCAUACACAGUCAAAAGCAGGUUUCUUUGUCUCUGUCUCUGUUCUCCCCCCGCCCUGCAAGAACCGCAUCUAAAGUUUAGCAUGGAAUUAAACACGCAAAAUGAAGAUUUUACUCAGUGUUACAGUAGCACAUAGCAACACCAGCUGUGAUCAUUCUGUGUCAUGGUUUCUGAAACCAGAAUCUUUUACAACACUCAGUAUUUUAGUAUCGACUGAUCAGUUAGUGAAGAGUAACUGAAGUUACAGCAUAAUCAAGUUAACAGAUUAAGUGCAGCUUGACUCUGAAUUUUGAUACCUCUAGACUAGCAUAUUUGGGGUGGUAGAUAACUGUUUGAUAAUUUACGAGAAUGCUUUCUAUUCAGCAGCAAAUAGUCACAUUCUAAAAGUUAAGCCCAAUUUAUUUAUUUUUCUUAUGGUGCAUUCUCUGUUUGCAACAUACAUAUCAGCCAGAUUCAAAUGGUAUUAAAACAGACAGUUAAAAUAUAUUGGAGAUUAUGACCUUUUUGGAAACAUGGUUCAGAAGGGUCAGAAGUUUGAUAUCUGAAAUAUUUUGUUUUUAAUAGGGUUACCCAGUACACCCCUUACCAGCCAGAGGUAUCUCAAGGAAGGCUGGAGAGUCUAUUAAAUUAUCAAACAAUGGUGUGUGACCUCACAGGAAUGGACGUGUCGAAUGCAUCUUUGCUAGAUGAAGGAACUGCUGCAGCCGAAGCUAUGCAGUUGUGCCACAGGUAACAGACGGAAACAAAAAUAAUUGCAAUAGCAUUUUUGUUUUAUAAAGGGCCCCGCAGUUAGGUUCAAUACAGUAGUUAUAUUAAACAGAAUGAGCGCUGCCCCCUGGCCUGUAAUCGGAAAUGUUAAUCACAAAGAAAGGAAAAGGGAUACUAAAAGAGAAAAUACAUACCAAACUUGAAUAAAUAUCAAUUGGGUGAUUUGGAGGGUACUUAACCAUGAGGCCAAGGGACCAUAAAGUCAGUGAUCCUGUUUUCACAGUGACCAACCAAGAGGGUUUAGGAAAACCCACAAAAAGGGUGAUAACUUUCCAUUGCUGUUCCUCUCAAGCAACUGACAAAAAAUGUGAAGCAAUAUUUAGUUAUCAGGUCUCAUGGCUCUCUGUGAAUGUACCUAAUAAUCUUCUAACAAUAACGGAGUCUUUUGCCUCACAAUUUUCUUAUGUGGAUCUUGGUAACUAAGUGGCAGGCUUGAGUUUUUAUUGGUUUCGUGAUUGAUGGAUACUUCCUGCCAGCCCUUCCUGAACUAUUGGCCAGAUACCCAAGCCAAUCAGGAGUAAUGAUGUAGGCUGUAGAAACUUGUUUGCCUGCAAUAAAAAUGGUAUGAAACAUAUUUUAAAUGCUUACAUUGUGUGUUUGUGUGUCUCUCCCCCCCCCCCAACAGGCACAAUAAGCGGAGGAAGUUUUAUGUCGACAUCCGAUGCCAUCCUCAGACGAUAGCAGUGGUGCAAACCAGAGCAAAGUAAUGUUUACUUCUGUUGCAUUAUUUCCUUCAAAUCAAUAUGUAGGUAUCUCAUUGGAUCCAGACUUUGCUCCCAGCGGGAACAUCCCUUGAAUCGAGUUACAUUCUUCCUGUGCAGGAGAGGGAGAGGAGAUUUGCCAAUUUCCGCUCCCGCCUUAGCUCCCAGCACCUCCUCUCACCCUGUUCCAGGGGACUGGGGGGCCAUCAACCAUCGUGGGAGGUAUUGCUGGGUUCUGCAGGGGGAGCAAGGACUCAGCAAAAGUCAGCUUUCUCCCCCCCCCCCCUUCACCAGCAGGAUCCCUCCACUGGAUUAAAACCUUUCUGUGGACAGGAGCCUUCCCAUUUGUGGAAGGGUAAAGUCAGGAUCCAAUCCGUAAAUGAUGUUGAAAACCCAUUUACAAGCAGGAAAUGGCUUACUCUUUUCCUGUAUAUUUCUCUCGCUUUCCAGUUACACCGGCAUUAUUGUUGAGUUGAAGUUGCCUCAUGAAAUGGACUUCAGUGGCAAGGAUGUCAGCGGCGUUUUGUUCCAGUACCCAGAUACCGAGGGGAAGGUGGAAGACUUCACUGCAUUUGUUGAUCAAGCCCAUCAGAACGGGGUAAAACGAAGCAGUGAUAACCUUUUCCUGACAUAUUUUGUAUGUUUAACCAUUUAGAUUUAUUAUAACUGUAGUUGCAGAACACUCUUCGGAAAUGAACCUCUCUGUGCAGACGUAGGUCUCCCUUGCCUUAUUUGACUUCAAUAGAGGCCAAAGAUCUGCAUGCAGAGUUUGUAGGAGUAAAUCUGCUUCUCUCAACAAAUAAAUGGUUGAGCUGUUUCAGAAUGAACCAAUGAUCUGAUUUGAUACAAGGUUUCUUCCUAAUGCUGCAUAUAGUGAUUAAAUCUACAUCAUAAUACUCUUAAUUGUAGAUGAGGUACCGGGAACAGGUAAUUUAUAUACCCCAGCACAGUUGCAUUAAACAUGAAAUUAAGGCAUUACUGGUUCUUUCAUUGUUGUUUUCUUUGAGACGUACUAGAAUCACUUUGAUUAAACCUUAGUUAAUUGUCAUUGGUAUUACAUAACAUAGGCCAUGGUUCAUUUGUUCUGACAAUGAUGCUGAUCUCUUUUCUUGUUUCAGACUCUAGUCUGCUGUGCUACUGACCUGCUAGCUCUGUGCAUCUUGAGACCUCCAGGAGAGUUUGGUGUUGAUGUUGCUCUGGGCAACUCCCAGAGGUUUGGGGUGCCUCUUUGUUAUGGUGGGCCACAUGCAGCCUUUUUUGCUGUCAAGGAGAACCUGGUGCGAAUGAUGCCUGGAAGAAUGGUAGGAGUUACAAGGUAGGCUAACUUGAAGCCGAAAGCUUCAAUCCUAGUCAUGGGACUUGUGCUGAAGACAUCUCGGGCGAUUGUGCAAAACUCCAUCCUUCUGAUGACACAUUUCCCUUGCCAUGAAGUGAUUUGAGCUUUUUGUCAAAUAUGAGACACACAUCUUCUUGGGUAGAAUAUGAUUUAUUUAUUUAUUUAUUUUAUUUACAUAUGCACUAAUAUAUAAACAUAAUUUCCUCCCCUCAAAUCACUUUCCACACUUACUGCGCAUAGAGCUUCACUGUCCACAUGGAGCUUCCAUGCUUUCAAAGUAUUCCUUAUUAAAUUUUCUGUAUACAUCCCUUUACAUAUGCAAAGAUGCCAUCUCUGUUCAGCUGGAACUUUACUUCCACAAUUGUGUGUCCCUACUGGAACACCUUCAAGAGCCUAAAUUGGAGGAGUGUGUCCAAGAAACUAAUAUAUAAGGUUUAGGUCAAGGGCACACACUGUAGAUUUCAUAGCUUGUAUCAGUCAAGCUUGUGGUUCCCCUUGCUCACAGUCUGUCAGGCUUUGUGAAACUGGUCCUUACAUCUUGUUUCAUGGAAUUGUCAUUUGCACUAUUGGGCUUUGCACUCAAUUGUUCCAUGUGAUUUCAAGUGAAUAGAGGGUGCCUUGACCGACAGAUUGGUUCAGGAACAGUUUGGCAUUUUUAAAUGCCUUUUUAAUUAUUUUGCUCAAGCAUCCUAGCCUUACAUUACCUUCUUGAGUAUACUGGUCACCUUUUAUUAAGAAAAGCAGAGCCGCUCUAUGUUGAGAGAGUAGCCAUUUUUCUUUUUAUGGCUCAAGGGAUGCUAAUGGAAAAGAAGUGUAUCGACUUGCAUUGCAAACCAGAGAACAGCAUAUAAGAAGGGAUAAGGCUACAAGCAACAUAUGCACUGCGCAGGUGAGCUUUUCUUCAGUCGUUCAGUCAUUUAAAAAAAGUAGUAGAUUUAUAAACUUUUUAAAUUUUGUGUUCACGCUAUUUGAAUAUGGGGAUAGUAAAAUAUGUGGGUAUUUUGGGGCAGUAUCCAGCUGCUUUUGCUGGCAAAGGUGUGAAUGAACAGGAGGAGAAAGGAAUCAUUUUUUUAUGUAAACACUGCACCUGCUUUCCUCUGAAACCCUUUGUGCCAUAUCCCACAAUUUUCCAAAGGAUACCGGAAUCCUUUGGAGCACAUUUGGAAAUGCACAAGGAGAAGCGACAGAUACCACCACUCUGCUCCCUUUUGCAGAAACCUCAUUGGGUUCAAAUAAAUUUUCCAGUGAAGAGGAACACGGUUAGAUACAACUUUCUCUUUAAUGUGGCCUUUUUUGCAAAUUUACAUUCAAGAGAUCUGAAUGAUUAUUUUAUUGUUUUAAAAUGUCAGGAAUGUAAUUGUAACUUUUCAUUGUGUGGGUUGAUUUGAACUCGAUUACAAAUAGAAUGUUUUAAAUAUUAGUGGGUUAUUUUUUCCUAACAUACUUCAAGCCCCCCACCCCCACCCCCCGGAAAAAACCUUACACUAACCUGCUUGUGAACUGACUUAUUUUCCCCCAAUUUUGUGCCUUUUAGGCACUUCUGGCUAAUAUGGCUGCUAUGUUCGGAGUCUACCAUGGCGCUAACGGACUAAAGCACAUUGCUAGGAGGGUGCAUAAUGCCACUCUCAUCUUAGCGGAAGGUGAGUUAAAAUUAAUCUAAUGGCUGCAUGAUGGAGACUCUUCAAAGAUUUGAAUAUUCUGUGCAACAACUGAAAUCUGUUUUAUGUACUUAUUUGUAUACUGGUCUUCAUUCCAGGGUAGUAAACAACAAGUGCAAAUAAAACAUUUUAUGUAAUAAAACACUAAACUUGUGUAAUAAAACUUGAUUAUUAACCAGAAAAAAUGUAGACAUCAUAAGGGAGACCCUUUCACUUUGAAACAGCUCUAUGGUAAAUAUCUGAUAAAAUAGGCACUCAAGGAAGAGCUUUAGCAGAAUAAACUGAAACGCUGAAUUAGGAGUAAGAUAAAUUGGGAGAUUGCAUAUCUGAGGAACCAGAUGAGGUGGGGAAAUAGGCAACAGUGCAGUUUAUAGUGAUUCAUAAGACAGAUUUGGCUACCCCCACCUGCCAACUCUGAACAAAUUUAGGCAAGUCUGUUAUAACACCAGUAGAAAUCCAUAAUCCCAGCAUAUUGUUGUUGAAAACCGUUAUCAACCAAAAUACUGCAUAUUAUAUGCAGAACCUUAUAGAAAUGUGAGCAGCCAGUGGAGCGAAGAGUUCACAUGUUAUUUCUGCUAGGUCUGAAGAGAGCUGGUCAUAAACUGCAACAUGACCUAUUUUUUGAUACCUUGAAAAUCCAGUGUGGAUGUGGCGUCCAAGAAGUCUUGCUCCGAGCAGCCCAGAGGCAGAUAAACCUCCGGAUUUACAAUGAUGGUACAGUAAGUGAUGGCUAAAUUUAUUCUUGGAUGUGUUCCUUUCAAUGUCACAUUGGGGCUGGUUGUCUAAAAGCUUUCCUAUGAUAUCAUUAAGCACUAGUGUGGUGGAGAAAAAUCGAGGCUGCACUUCGGUGGUACCUAACUUUGCAUAGGCUGACUAAGACAUACAAUCAGAUAUGCAUUGUUGGAGAUGUAAAAGAUCAAAGGCAGAUUUGAUGCAAAUCUUCUGGGAUUCGCAUAAAAAUGUAAACAAUUUUGAACAGGACUGACUGUGCUUUCCCCAGGAAGCCCCAAACAAUCCUGUCUACGUUGUGUGUCACUCUGAAGUUGGUCUUGAUCUUACUGCCAAAGUGAAACUUUGCAUAGCUCAUCUCUGGAAAACAAGAACCCUCUGAUAGUCACAGAAGAACUGGGGAAAAUUGGGAGCCUGCCUAGGAUAGAAAGUCAACAUACAAUAGUAACACUAUACAGAGGAACCUUGGGUUGUGGAUGUAAUCCGUGACGGAGGCACAUCUGCAACCCACAGCAUUCGCAUCCUGAAGCGCCGCAUCUGUGCAGGCGCCAGCGUGUUUUGGCGCUUCUGCGCAUGCGUGAGCGGCGAAACCCGGAAGUAACCCGUUCUGGUACUUCUGGGUUUCCCGUGGUCCGCAACCUGAAAACACGUAACCUGAAGCUUCCAUAACAUGAUGUGUUAGAAUUAUCCAGACAGAUUUAUUGAGAGAUAAAUCAAUUGUAGAGAGAGGGAGUGUUGCAUACCCUUUUCUUUUUUGGGUCUGAUUCUGCUUCACAUUUUCUGAGUUCACUUUCAUUAGAGGGGAAAAAUGUAAGGGGCAGAUUCCAUUUACUGGUGCCACUAGCAGAAGCCUAUGCAAGGACUUCCACUAACACAGGGAGAUUUUCUUCCUUCCCUUCCCCAUCCUCCAGAUUGGCUUGGGGAGGUCAAGAUAACCCCAUAGUACAUGGGUUGAGGUGAAGGUCAGUCAUUCCAUUAGGCAAUCAGAAAUGCUAAUACUGAUAACACCUUCUCCUUAGCACUACAUUGAAUUCCUCCCCUAAAUUUUAAAUAACUGAUACAUAGUGGAAGUUUGUUGAAAUUACUAAGCACAGUUUUGUAAAACAUGAUGCGCUUCUAUAGUUAAGGCUAGAAGAAUUGCAGUAUACAGUAUUAAACCUAUGGAGCUACUGAAAAUGCAAAAAGAUUAUUGUAAGCUUCCACCAGUAUCAUUUGAACCUGAUGAAAAAAUUUUUUACUUUUCCCCUUCUGUUGUAGUAAUAGGGACCUUCACAUCACGUUGGUGAAAUGUCAACAGUUGUUACACUACUUUAAUGUUUUGUUUUGUGCUCUUCGAAAGUACACUGUUUUUUCAGUACUAAACUUUGCUUCCUCCCUUCCAACUGUCAAUAGCUUGGAGUAUCUCUAGAUGAAACUGUAACUGAGAAAGACCUGGAUGACUUGCUAUGGAUCUUUGGUUGUGAAUCUUCCGCUGUAAGUAGAUCACAGAUCAGAGUGCUUAACGUUUAAUUGGUAGACUUUGUCAUGUAUUCUACUCAAUGUUGAUCCAGAUCAAAACUCCAGCAUAUAGUUAGCAGAGUAAAGACUUAAGCACGUUGCAGGAGUCCUAAAUAAUAGACCAGAGGCAAUUGUGUUUCAUCCAGCAGAGCUUUACUGCCACUGAAGGCAAAUGAGGAUAAUGGUCACAAAUCCAAUACAUUCAGGAUUGGCCCUGUCCAUAAGAAAUCCAAUUGCAGCAGACUUAACUUAAACUUACAAUAAUUUAUAAGAAGAUUAAACCUUAACACUAAGCAUACUAUGUACAGAAAACCACACCAGAGGGAAGAGAAAGUAAAACUCAGGCUCCUCCUGGCCUUACUAUUAUAGUCAGCAUGACCUUGACAGAAAGAGAUCACAGAACCAGCUUAAGCCAGCUGUACUCAGCUUCUCUGAAGGAAUAACCCAAACAUCGUGAACCUUCUGCUUAUUUCUUUCACACAGAGAAGCUUCCAGAACCCUCUUGAAUUAAUUAGAAUAGGAAAGAUCUCCUCACAUCAGAUCAAUACUUUCUGUACUAAGAAAUGCAAAAUGCCAAUAUUAAAUUUUGAGUCCAUAAAUGGACAGCUGCCUUGGUGAUUUAAUUCUCCACUUCCACCUCUUGCUAAGGAGGUUUGAGUAUUGUUUUGUGAGAUAAUGAGGGAUCUGAGUUCAAUUUAAUCAACUUGUACUGCACCAAAAUUCUGCAUUACACAAGAUAUGGUAGGAAAUCUUAGCUUUCAGCAAUGAGAAGCGUGGGCCAGUAAAGAAAAUUCUUCUACCUCCCCCAAUUUAUUUAUUUAAAAAAACUCCUCUAAUGACUUUGAUUUAUGGGAACUAAUUGUUAUUUCCACCUUCUGAAAGACUAGAAGUGUAUACCCAGAUAUUUCUAAUUCUUAUGUGGUGUAUAUACUUCAGAUUAAGAGAAAACUUUUUAAGAAAACAUCCUUGCAGACAAAAUGCUCAUGGCAGUCUUCUUUUAAGAGCGAUUUGCCUUGCUUUUGAAUUAGGCAUAACAGGGUUUGCCUGUAUCCAGGGAGCUGGAGAAAGAUUUGCCUUUACAUAAAUACCAUGAAAGCAGAAGUGCUGAAACAAGGACAGUUUUUUCCCUACUACCUGACAGAAUAAAUUCUUUUUGAGAGAUAACGAGUAACAUCUUAAGAACCCCCCUGUCUAUCUUGUUUUGAAAGGAACUGGUUGCUGAGAGCAUGGACGGAGAAACAAGAGGUAUUUUUGGUACUGCGUUUAAGAGAACAUCAAAAUUCCUAACACAUCAGGUAUUCAACAGGUUUGUGAAAUUAAUUAAUUUCCCCUUGAUAUCAUCUGAAAAAAGAAGUCUACGGGAUUAUAAUUGUGAGAGAGAAAUUUGGUUUAGUAUUUCAAAACAUUGCUGCGAUGUAAGCCAUGGGGCAGUGGCGACAGCUUGUCUCCACAACUGCGGAUGCCUAGGACUGCCGCCAUCACCAGGGGGCGCUCUCUGUCAUCAUGCGCCCCCCCCCCCCCCAGCAUGCUGAGAUCACUUGCACACGUAGUGGGGUUUGGUGACUUAGCGUGUUUACGCUGGGAGGGGGGCGUGUUGAUAUAGAGACUGCAUUUUGUUGGUACCCGUCCCCCUCAUUUAAAAUAUUGUGGGAUCCAGGGCCCUGGGGAUUUGAUGCUUAUGACCCGGGGCAAGUUAAGGAUUGAGUUACCUAGCUUACAUUUUUAUCAUUCAUAUUUACAAUGCAGCCUAAAUAACUGUGGGCAGAAAUGCCUCAAUCUAGCAAUCCCAUAUCUAUCACUUGAUAGCAUGGGCAUAUUGAUCAUGGGACAGUCAUGGUUCUACUAAGUAGCACACCAUGACCUGGUUUGCACUUCAGAGUGAGUCCAAGUUUGGUUUACUGUUACCGUGUGAACAGGCUGGCUCCCAUUUUGCACCCACUUGGGUUUUUCCAGGCUAAACCAAGGUUUGGUUUAGCAUAUCCGAAUCCAGGAUCAAUGUGGAAGUCUCUCCUGCUUAACCGAAACAUACAGCCGUAGGGCAAACCUUAGCUAUAGACCAUGAAUAAGGAGGAGAGACCUUAACCACUAAACCAAACGUUUUAACCAAUUAGUGCUUAUUAUAUUUGCACUGUUUGCAUUAUGUAGAAAAAGUAAAUUUAACUUCAGUUUUUGAGAUAAAUAGAAAAGUUGAAGGGGGGUAGGAAAGGUCCAGUGGUUUUCAUUGUUUUAUGUAUUUCAUGGCUUGUGUGGUUAACUGGUUUGCUAACGUAUGUUUUUGUGUCUCCAGCUAUCACUCUGAAACAAAUAUUGUCCGGUAUAUGAAGAGAUUAGAAAACAAAGAUAUUUCCUUAGUUCACAGCAUGAUUCCUUUGGUAGGUAUUAAUUUGAAAAGGAAAAAAAUGGCAGUUGCUGGUGUCCUUGCUUGAAAUAUACUGACUACAUUUUAUUUUCUUCUGCAAGAUUCUUGUUUUUGAUUUUGUUUUAAUGUUUUUACUUACUGACUACAUUUUCUGCUCCUCAGGGAUCCUGUACAAUGAAGUUGAAUAGUUCAUCAGAACUUACAGUAAGCUUUUUCAUUUUUAUUUUCUGAGAGAUGUGUAGCUAAUCAAGCAAUAAUAGCCCUUCACCCAGAAUUCCAUGUGAACAUUAAUUAAAGAUUGAGGGUAGAUUUAAAUAAGUUUUCUUCUCCUAGGAGUAUUUUGUGUCUUGGUGAGAUCCUUGUGGAAGUGCUCUUGUGAAUGGUCCCAGCAAUCUUGGGCAUAUGGUAGUUUUUGAAAUAAAAAUUGAAAUCACAGGACCCACUUGCUAUGAUGCGCCCACUAUGAAUCAUUGUAGAUAAACGAGAAAGUGUUGUGGAAUCCACUUUAAGAUAACGUGGACACAGAAUCCUAUUUAAAUUCAAAAGGGUGGAGACGUAUUUGAUAAUAUUUGCCUUAAAUAUUUGCUCUAUUUCAGGCUUCCUCAACCUCGGCCCUCCAGAUGUUUUUUUGGCCUACAACUCCCAUGAUCCCUAGCUAGCAGGACCAGUGGUCAGGGAUGAUGGGAAUUGUAGUCUCAAAACAUCUGGAGGGCCGAGGUUGAGGAAGCCUGCUCUAUUUCAUACAGCUUUCUAGAUUAUUUAUAUUCAGAACUGUUCAGCAAAAUGAAUCAGUUCUGUAAUGCAGAGAAGAAACAGUAUACUGAUGACUUUUAAUGGCAUUUGAUUUGUAUUUUUUAAAAAUGUAGUUUUUUUCUAGUUCAUAAUUAUGUUUUCUAGCUGGUAAUAAUGUUCAACCUAUUAUUACAUUGUGGAAACCUAAGUGUCAUAUAUCAUAAGUAUUCUAUAUAAUUGGUGUACAAAAAUUCUUCAACCCAAAAGUAUUCACUUUCCUUUCCGUUUUUGUGUUUUUCUUUUCUGCAGCCGAUUACGUGGAAAGAAUUUGCCAAUAUCCACCCCUUUGUGCCUCUAGAUCAGGCUCAAGGAUACCAGCAGCUUUUCAGGGAGCUUGAGAAGGAUCUGUGUGAGAUAACAGGCUAUGACAGAAUUUCUUUUCAACCAAACAGGUAGGAACAAUCUUGCUUGAACCAGUGUUUUUCAGGCACACUUGCCGUACUUCCUGCUUUUCCUAAGGGCUGUUUCACACAUCCAUUUCCCUACCCAGAUAUUCCUCCUAGCACACCUACUGCAUGUUGCACCAUCACAUGUGACAAAUGGCAUGUGUGCAUGUGGUACAAUAGACAGCUCAGGAAUGAAAGGUUUGAGCUGAUGUAGUGAAAACAAUUACAUUUUGGGUGUCUACAUGGAUAGGCAGAGCUUUUGGUUCCAGUAGCAACUAUCUGCUUUCUGACGGUGCAUAUGAUUUGGAGAACUUCUGUGAAAUGACAGCAGUUUGGUCACUUCCCCUCAAUGACAGAGUUUCCCCCACUGCAGAAGCCCUGAGACAGAAGUAGCCCUACUGGAAGAUUUGCUCACUGUUGUUAAAUAUGUUAAAGGCCAGGUCAGGAAUGGCCAACUGUAAUGAAUAGCAUUGCUACAAUAUGCUGGUUAACUGAAUAUCCUUUUUUCCCCCUAUCUCUGUUUGUUUUUGUUUUUUUUAACUUUUUAAAUUCAAAGUUAAAACAAAACAUAUUAUCCAGAAACAUAUCAUCUUUAUUUUUCCCCCCAUUUUUUCUCCCUCCCCCCACCCUCCCACACAAAACCCAUCCACCCCCACCCCCAGGCUUCCGUCAGUUCCAGUCUUUGAUUUCUCUAAGAACGCUGUUUUCUGCAUGUUACACAGUUGUAUAGAUCCUCAAACUAUUUAGCUGAUUAUUAUCAAUAAAAAGUUUGUGAAUGUUUAUUCAAAACCAGCCAAGGAGUCCAGUUCGCUUUGUUGCGUCUUCAAAUACUUUGCAAAGGGUUCCCAUUCAUCUUUAAAGUCACAGUUAUCCUUGUCCUGUAGCUAAUAUGUCAGUUUUGCCAGUUCUGCAUAGUCCAUCAAUUUUUCUUGCCAUGAUUCUUUAGUUGGGGCUUCUUCAGUCUUCCAUCCUUGUGCUAUUAGAACUCUCGCGGCUGUUGUCGCAUACAUGAAGAUGUUUUUCAGCUUUUUGGGCAGAUCUUUCGCUACAAUCCGUAACAAAAAUGCUUCAGGUUUUUUAACAAAUGUUAAAUAUGUUAAAGGCCAGGUCAGGAAUGGCCAACUCUAAUGAACAGCAUUGCUACAAUAUACUGGUUAACUGAAUAUCCUGGCGUCUUUCCCUUUUCUUGACUUCUUCAGGAAAGCAAAAAGGCCAUACUGUAGCAUGAACUGCUUAGAGAUGAGAAUCUGUUCAUCUCGAAUGACUUAACUUGUGUCAUGCACCAAUAAGAGAUUAUAUUUCACAUCUGUUUUCUGUGUGUAUAUAUUUCAGCUAGACAGGAUAUGGGUGCGCAGCCCAAAUUGUAGACAUGAACGAUACUUGUUCCUGGUGGAUGAUUAAACUGACUUGAUUAACUAAAUUUUCAAAAACUGGAUGCUGAGCCGAGCUGCUCAGAUGCAUAUAUUAUAAUAAGCUUUGUGGUCUUGCAGUGGAGCUCAAGGCGAAUAUGCUGGACUUGCUGCAAUCAAGUCUUAUUUAAAUUCAAAAGGAGAAUGGCACAGAAGUGUAAGUGAAAAAGAUGAACUUUGUUUAACUCCUGAACUGACAAUCCUGCAUGCUACUAUUCAUGCUUAGGGGUGGCACUUGUUUAUCAAUGCAUGGCUGUACUGAAUGUAUGAUUUGGGGCCUGUUUGCAUGGGCAAGAGCUCCUCUGUUUACCUUUGCAUCCACUCUCCUUUUUAUUGAGAGACUAACUACAUUGCAAACGUCUUUCCCUUUCGUGCACAAGUAGCCAUUCUGUCAGGAUUCCAUAAAUACCACCAGUAAGUGCCACAGAUCACUGUUGAACCACUUGACUUUUAAUCAGUAGUUCUAUUAUGCAGAACUGCAUAAUAAACGGUAAACUUACCGUUUUCACUUUACAAGGGAACAGAUAGAGAGAAGGGGCUGGAAUAAACGAUAUUUUGUGUUCCACGUUGAAGCAGUUCCGUAAACACCUGGGAUACCUAAAGCCCUUAUUGUUAGAGUUAGAGACAUUACUUACCAGGCGUCUAUAAAUAUUCUGGUCAGUUGUGAGUGGGUGAGUGGGUAUCUUUUAUUUUAGGAAGAACGUUUGUGGUGCCUGCCUCUGCUGAGCUCAUUCUGGUUUUUGCAGUUUAUUUAUUAUUUAUUUAAUAAAAUUAAUGCACUGCUUGAUUGUAAAAAAAGCAAAACCCUCAAAGCGGCUUAUAAAAAGAUAAAACAAGAAAAAACACAACCCUACUUUAAAGCCUACAAAUGUUAAAUUACUAAAACAAUAAAAUUACCUUGACUUCCUGGGUUAGGAACCUCUCUGCAUUUGAUUUCUCUCCCCUCCCCCGCCCCCAGCUCACUAUGACUAUGGGAGCUAUUUUCUCCUUGCCAUGACAGGAACAGGGGUUCAGUGCAGCAAUACUUCUGGGCUUCAGAAUCCUCUCUGUUUCUGAAGUUCGGUCCUGCGCCAAAGCCAGCCAAAAUUCAUGUACCCCAACCAACAACUCGCAGUAUAGCAGCAAAGAGUGAAACAUAAUCCAUACCCAAAGCAUUGCACAGGUUUAUUGAAAGUGGUUGUUGGUUUGUUUUUGUUCCUCAGUUAUCUGCCCAUCAAUGAAAGUUGUUGCUGCAGUACAGUAUAUUCUGUUGUAUCUGGAGUGCAGCUAGGCAAACAUUGUGUGGUUUUGCUGCAGAAAUCCAGGAGCUAGCUCAUUAGCAGCAUGAAAGCAGAGUUGAGAUUAGAAGAAAGGGCAUGCCAGGGGCUGGCUCUGGAUACUGUGAUUUUUCAAAACCUCACUGGGGCAGCCAGAAGGCUUUUGUGCUGGGAUUAGAGGAGUGUUGUUAAUUGAAAUUCAUAGCUAGGAUACUUUGAACAUGCAGAGGUAUUAGCAUCAAUAUCCUUGCUUUUCAACAAACAAUCUAUUAUUAGGGCUUCAUUCAAAAAUUCCGCCUCUUGCUUCCCCACCCAGCCCUAUGCACUCAAUAUAAAAAACUAAAUAGCAGAUAAACAUUUGCUGUUUACUCUGUAUAGUUGACUCAGAACCAUGAAGCAAGGAAUAAAUUUUUAAAAUAAAAAAAUUGUCCAGUAGCACCUUAGAGUCCAACUUAGUUCUGCGUAUAAGCUUUCGUGUGCAUGCACACUUCUUCAGCUUAUACCCGGAACUAACUUAGUUGGUCUCUUAGGUCUCCUGGACAAUUUUUUAAUUAUUAUUUUUUUGUCUGCAUCAGACCAACACGGCUACCUACCUGAAUCUAUGAAGCAAGGAGACGUCUGUUUUCUUCUUCCCACAGUCAAUGAAUUAGCAACAUACUAUUUGAUUCAGCUUUUGCUGCAGAAUAGGCAUCUUUUUAGAUCUGAUGACUCCCCCAUUCAGAAAUAUUUAUCAUCCAUAAUUUAUUGCAGUUUCUUUUCCUCUCACUUUCUGUGGGGUUGCGAAGCACCACUGUCUAAAGUGCUGCCGUUUUUCAUUUACUAACUUGCACGUAGUAAUAAAGCAGCGCCAGCCAGACUAACUCAGAUGGCAUUUCCGGGGGGGGGGGUGCCCCUGGCACGCACAGCUUCCUGGAGGGGCAGAAUUUCUCCCACAUUCUGAAUUCUCCCUCUUUCCCCUUCAUGUGAUCAAACUGAACACCUGAAGAGAGUUCAGAGGGCUGCAAAAUGUACCUUUAGUUGGCUUUUUGCAAGGUUGACGCUCUCUUAACUUUCCCCCCCGUUAAGGUUUGUCUCAUUCCUAAAUCUGCCCAUGGCACUAACCCAGCCAGUGCUCAGAUGGCAGGGAUGAAGAUUCAGCCAGUAGAAGUGGAUAAAAAUGGAAGCAUCGAUAUUGUUCAUCUUAAGGCUAUGGUGAGUUGGUUGCCCUUCUUUUGAAUGCAUUACGGUAUUAUAAGCUUCGGCUAAAAACUCUUUAAUUUUCAAUGGGCAUAUAAAAUUACAUAGAAGAGGAAGCUGUGCCUGUCUCUCUUUUUUUUGACAUAAUCUUAUGCAAAACUUAAAUGUGUAGCUUCAGUUGUUAACAUAUGUGAUAGCCUAUCUUAUUUUGAGAGUCAGUUCUAUAGUGUAUCCAUUUUUCAUGGUUAUUUUCCUUCUUAUUUGCUACAAUUUGAGUGGAAACCAGAUAACAUGAAAGAGCAGAUGAUAAGCAACUGCAGCAAUAGAGUGUUCGCUGCAAUAGAGCAUUCUCUGAAGGGAAGACUGUAAAUCGAGGUCACCAACCUGUUGCUUCCAGUGGUGGCCCAGGUUCUGUGUUCUCAUUUUUCAAUGAAAGCGAGUCUCUAGCCUGCUUGCCUGCAUAGAAAUAAAGUUAUGGAACAAAAUGUCCAAAUACCUUCUAAGCAAUUUCUGUGGCUACCCCUGCUAUAAACGCUCUGAUUUCCUUGAUCUCUCCCUGACAUUUUUUUUGUCUAUUUUUCCUCCUUUCUGAAGGUGGAUAAACACAAGGAAAACCUGGCAGCUAUCAUGAUCACAUACCCAUCGACCAAUGGUGUCUUUGAAGAGGAUAUCAGUGAUGUCUGUGACUUGAUUCACAAACAUGGAGCCCAGGUUUACCUGGAUGGAGCAAACAUGAAUGCUCAGGUGGGAAACCGGUUUAUAGGCUCCUUCCGUUAAUGCAGACCCCUGACUGAAUUUGCGAAUCAUGCUUAAAAAUAAACGUUAAAAGUGAGAUUUUGUACCACUUUAAUAAUGAAUAAUAAUUGACUGGACGUAAUUAACCGCACUAUGAAUAUUGUUAUUUUAAAAAAUCAAGAAUCUUGUCUCUGACCUUUCCAUAAAAUCUAAAACUACAUUUUACAAGUUUUGUUUUAGGUAAAAAAAAUAAAAUACUAAAAUUUAGUUACAGCUUUACAUAUACUUAAAUAUAAGGUAGAGCUAUAUGCUAAUCUUUGUUUUGUUGACUUUUUUUAGCAACAGCAAACUUCUGUUUUUAAAAGAAACUUAAUUCUUUUCAUCAGCAGACUUGAUUAUGAAAAACUAAUCUCAUUUGUUUUUCCCUCUAAUCCCUUCUCUUUCGUUUUUGAAACUUUGUGCUCUCCUUCCUUUGAUAGGUUGGUCUGUGCCGUCCUGGAGACUAUGGGUCAGAUGUCUCUCAUUUAAAUCUCCACAAAACCUUCUGCAUUCCUCAUGGGGGAGGAGGGCCUGGAAUGGGACCAAUUGGAGUGUACGUAUCUGGCUCUCAUAGCAAGAUUUAUAAUUUAUAUUUUAAGUAGUCCAGUGCUAUAGAUAUGGAAUGUGGCAGUACAUAGCCUCACUAAUGAUGACUGUCUAUGGAUAGAAAGAUGGAAAGCUUGAUUCCUUAUGAGCCUUUGAUGUUUUAUUUAAGGAUUAUUUUGUUGAUUUAAAGAACCUUUAUUUUACGUUGGAAAUAUUGGUGGGAUUACAUUAAGUGGAACAUUGCCACUGUAUAUUGGACUAAAGUUAAGAUGCCUUCAUAAAAGUCUUAAGCUAGUUUUAACACGAUAGUGAUGGUGCAGUGGGAGAGAGUUUUAUUUCUAAAUUCUUUCUUCUUCUUCUUCUUCUUCUUCUUCUUCUUCUUCUUCUUCUUCUUCUUCUUCUUCUUCUUCUUGGUUCCAUUUUAGGAAGAAGCAUCUGGCUCCUUUCCUGCCCAGCCACCCUGUCAUUGCAUUGCAGCAUGAUAAGGAUUCCAGCCCACUGGGAACCAUCAGUGCUGCUCCUUGGGGGUCCAGUGCUAUAUUGCCUAUUUCCUGGGCUUAUAUCAAGGUAUAACUGGGACGCGGGUGGUGCUGUGGUCUAAACCACUGAGCCUCUCAGGCUUGCCGAUCAGAAGGUCGGCAGUUUGAGUCCCCACGACGGGGUGAGCUCCUGUUGCUCUGUCCCAGCUCCUGCCAACCUAGCAGUUCAAAAGCACAGCAGUGGAAGUAGAUAAAUAGGUACCGCUGCAUUGAACGGCGUUUCCAUGCACUCUGGUUUCCGUCACUGGUGGAACCGUAAUGGUUGCACCAGAAGCGGUUUAGUCCUGCUGGCACAUGACCCUGAAAGCUGUCUGUGGACAAACGCCGGCUCCCUCAGCCUGAAAGUGAGAUGAGCGCCGCAACCCCAUAGUCGCCUUUGACUAGACUUAACUGUCCAGGGGUCCUCUACCUUUUUUACCUAUAAAGGUAUACUUUGAAACACGAGUAGUCUAGGGACUAUCCAUGGUGCUGAAAAUAAGGACCUGGGGAUCUGGAUGACUCUGCAGAUUAGCUUAAUUCUCUAAGAAGAGAUUAGUGGAAGUGUUGGCCAAGUGGAAGGGCCCUUUCACACCCUCUCUGCUGCCCACUGCAGCUCCCAGUGAAGUCUCUCCAGGGGUUGCUACUCCAUGACACAGAACAUGGUGCAAGGAAAGGAUCAGAGAGGGGAGGAUCAGGGGCACAUUAUGCACACGGAGCACCCCUCAUGCAAGGUGCUCUACCUGAUUUUCAUUGGUCUUCUUAUUCUUAUUUCAGCUCCCUGCACCACACCCCUCAUGCUCUUCUGGAAGGUUUCCUGCUUCUCCAGAGUGGCGUUUUGGGGGCUGCAGGGGGCGAUAUUUUAGAGGAUAGGUUGGGAAAGGUCCAUUGCAUAAGCAACCUCUCGUUUGUGAGACUCUAGAUUCAAGCCAAUGCAUUUAUUUCCCCAGCUCAUCGGACCCUGGAAACUUCACAGUGGGAAUGAGGGUGUGCUAAUCAUGUUUGGCUAACUACAGUUUCAGAGUUGCCCAUUUAAGUUCAUUCUGGAAAUAACCUGUGCUAGGAGAGGAGCCCAAGUUAAAGGAUAGAGCAAAUGCGUUGAUGCAGAAGGUCCCAGAAUUAGUACCUUGCAUCUCCAACUGAAAGAAUCGGGUGAUGGGGAAGAGAGCUGCAGGAGAGUUGCUGCAGGUCAGGGUAGACAAUCUUAGGCUAGAGGGACCCAUGGCCUGCACUGGGAGAAGGCAGCUUCAUAUGGCUUUUCAAAACUGAUUGGGAUAGUUUUGAACCAAUUGGAUAGCUCCGUUGGUUAGAGCAUGGUGCUGAUAAUGCCAAGGUUGCAGGUUCGAUCCCCAUAAGGGACAGAAGCAUAUUCCUGCAUUGCAGGGAGUUGGACUUGGUGUUCCUUAGGGUCCCUUCUAUGAAACCAUUUUAUAUCGAUGGUACUUAGCACUGCCAGCCAUCAGCACCACACUGCUGACACGGGCAAACAAUUUUUGUCAAGAUUGAUUCAUUCCCAUAUAUCUUUCAGAUAUAGCUGUAUGGAUAAUGGCAGAGGCUCCCUUUAUUUUUCUAGCAUCUGAUACAUCUGAGGAAGUGUGCAUAGCAGGCUCUGUGAAUAAUUGUUUAACCUACAUGUUCUUAUUGUUGGCUCUUUGUCCCUUCAGAUGAUGGGAGGAAAAGGUCUCAAGCAUGCAUCAGAGAUUGCAAUAUUAAAUGCUAACUACAUGGCAAAGAGACUAGAGAAGCACUACAAAGUCCUUUUUAAAGGAGCCAGAGGCAAGUAUUUCAGCCUAACAUGAAGUUUUCCAUAGUCCCAGGAGACAGUGGUGUACACCAAAAAUGAGGAGUGGAGGGUUAUUGGCUUGCUUUGUUUUUGGUUUCAUUUGUGUUUUUAUUUGUAUUUUUAUGCCCUGAGAUCUUUGGAUGAAGGGUGGCAUACAAAAUAAAUAAAUUUAAACCACAGUUUGACCAGGAGGCAAAAUAAAUAGUGUUGCAAGAGUAACUUUUCUCUUUGGGAAAAUCCAUCCACACAAAUAAGGUGAAUAAUUCCAGUGUGCAGACUAAUUAAUCCAUAACACAGAAAGUGCAAUAAAAAUAGGAAACCCCAAAAAUAUGGAAUGGUCUAUCAAAUAUAAAUCUCAAAAUAAACAAGGCGUACAAAGCUAUUAGACUUAAAAAAGAGAGUUGAUAAUUGAUUGUAUUUCUCUGAAGAAGGAUCAGUUGGGUUCAAAAUGUGUUGGAUUAGCAAGCAUCCUUUUUUAUGCUACUCUGAUGGGUCUUUGCUCCUGCCAUCAGACUGAUCCAUGGCAACAGUGGAGACCAUCCCCUCCCUGCAGUUGAAAGAACUGCAUAAUUCUGUCCCUUCAUUUCAGGAAAGAUCCAUCCAGCAGGAUAGCUGAUCAUAUUGGCGCUUACACAACCUUGUGCUGUACUAAGCUUUUGUGUUACCUCCUCUCUGUCCUUUCCAUUGUCACUGGCCUUGUUUGAAGGUCACGAUAAACUGUUUUAUCAUUAUGAAGACAGCCUGGACAAGUCUCAGACUCAUGUACUCUUCCCUACUCCCUUCCUGCAGAGUGACCGCAAGGAAUUUGGAAGCAAAACCAUCUGAUCUCCUUCAGCACACACGGGGGCGGGCAGGAAGCUCAAUACGCUAAAAGCUUGUGAAUAUAACUACAAACAAAUGUUUAUUUGCAAAGAGGUUGCUGAAUUAGUCUGUUGCAACAAGAACAACCAAGUCUUAUGGUACCUUAAAGGCUGACAAUUCUGGGACCGUCUUUUGUGAAUGAGAGUCCACUACAUCAAAUGUGUGGAGCAUGAACCUUGGUUGUUAAAUGUAAUAAAGCCUGGAGUUCAGCAGCAGUGAAAUGCAAAACUAUUGUUUUGAGUUGUCACAACUAAUACUAUGCAAAAAUAGCCAUCAUUGCAUCUAAACCAGGCUGGGGAGUCAUCCUGUUGCACCCACUAUCCCAGCCUCCUGACAAAGAGUAUUGGCCCACUAGCAAUCUAAAUAAUAUGGGCUGAAAGGCGUUUGUGGAUGAAUUCAUCCUCCUAAGAGGAUAUUCUCAAAAGCUGUAGGAGCAGCUGUGGACUUGUCUGCUUCUCCUCAAUAAUAUAUGUGCGUGCCCCCUCCCUACAAAUUGUUAGAGCUGUGUUGUGUUCUCUCUCUCUCACUGCACUGUGCUUUAAUCAGGGGUGCUUUUUCCCUGUCAAGGAUCAAAUUCAGUCAGGGUAAUCUGUUGGAGAGGGCAAAUGCCAGCAGUGGGUGUAGCUAAAAAUGAAGUGUUCUGGAUUAACUCAGAAUUUUUAAAACCCCCACUCUGCUUCAGUUUUCAGUUCAGAAUUCCCAGUCUUAUGCUCAAAGGUAACCCCCACUGGGUACUCAAUCAGACGGCAUUUAUUUUCUGGGGUGCCACAGAGCACUAUUUGGUACCCAGCACUCCUUAGCGUCCGUAGGAAGCUGUUGGGGGUGGUCAUUAUGGGAUAUGGAGCAAACUGUCAUCAGUAUGCUGGUGACACACAGCGGUUCCUCCAAAAUAAACUUAUUUUAAACCCUGGCAAGACAAAGAGCUUGGAAGUUGAUGUACAGAAAUAACGCACCUGGGUUAUAGAUACUGAAAGCUACUUUGUGGUCACAUUUUAUUUUUCUACAAAUAUAAAUCUUAGAAUAAAAAUUUCAUACGCAGGUUAUGUAGCUCAUGAAUUUAUUUUGGACACCCGACCUUUCAAGAAGACAGCAAAUAUUGACGCUGUGGAUGUCGCUAAACGGCUUCAGGAUUAUGGUGAGUUGUCAAAUGGGCAACGUUCUUUUAUCACAAUUAAAAUGUAGGAUUCAAUCCUGUGGUGGUAAGAAUUAUGAAAGCUGUUUAACCGGCUCAUCCAGCACCCUGUGGGCUCCUGCCAUCAGGCAAAAUUGAGAGCCACUUGUUUUUUACCAUUUACCCUGCCAUUGGACAUGUCUGAAUUCUCUCCUGGUUUGGUGGGGAGUCAGGCGAUCGGGAGAACAUGAUUAUGGAUGUCCACAAAUUUGACAUUUGGGUUUAUGCAACUGCUGCAAGCUGAGAAUACAUAAGGAGAGAGACGACUGUGUUUCAAAUAACUGGUCCCCCCCCCCCCAAGUUGGUCAGUAACUGGGCUUUGUAAAUGGCCUUGCUGUAUGUAGCGAGGAAAAAUAUGUAAUACCAAAGAGUGUUCCUUGAACUCUGAAAACAUGUUGUUUAGACUUUGCUUAGGGUCCUGGUCUGUUGGAAAGGUGGUACAAUAAAAGAAUGUUGUGUUUGCUAGGAUUCCACGCUCCAACGAUGUCCUGGCCAGUGGCAGGUACUCUGAUGAUUGAACCAACAGAGUCUGAAGACAAGGCAGAGCUAGACAGAUUUUGUGAUGCAAUGAUCAACAUUCGACAAGAAAUUGCCGAUAUAGAGGAAGGAAGAAUGGAUUCUCGAGUUAACCCGUUAAAGGUGAGAGCAGGGUUUAUUUAUUUGUAGCUGUUGCUCUUCAUCAAGAUUGUUUUGAAAUAAAUUGUCUACGAUUGAUGCUGUAGUCCCCAGGACUCUGCAGUUUAGUACAGAAAAAGGCAAAAAGCCAGCAUUUAUUCUAUUUCUAGCUGUUGUGUCUCAUGGUAUAGACCCUGUACUCCUCCUAUUGCAAUAUAUUAUAGGCAUGUGGCUCCGCUUGAUUUUUAACAACAUCUGCUAGAAAACCUCAGAUUCACUGUUACCCGUUCAGAGAGCUAGUCUUGGUCACAUCUUAUUGAAACCAAUAGGACUCAGAUUUAUUGUUUUUUGUUGGUUAUUAUUUCAGUGGAACUUAGCAGAUCUUUCUCUUAGCUGAGGCUAUUACUACUGUUUGAGUAUUUAUAUUAUUACUCAAUUGAAUUACCGUAUUUUUCGCUCGAUAACACGCACCCGACCAUAACACGCAUGUAGUUUUUAGAGGAGGAAAACAAGAAAAAAAAUAUUCUACACGAAACAGUGGAUGUAUGAUUUUUGUGGUUCAUGCUGUGGCCACAGACAUGUGAUCUGAUGGUGAGUUUGGGGUAGCCCAAUGCAAAAAUCCUGAGGAUCCAUGUGGAUCUGUGCUUUGUAACCACGUUUUAAGUGGGGAGGGAAGGAAAAGCACUCAAGGGACAAGGAGCACGCGUGGAGCAAGCUCUGCUUCUCUCCCUCCUCCCCCCCCCCUUAGCGAGCUGAAAAUCUUUCCUGCUAUUUCCAGCAAAGCGGGAGGAGAUACAGAGAGCCUGCUUGCUUUAAAGGAGCCAACCGGACAGGAGCCCUCCCCUCCCGCUUUGCUCCUUUAAAGAAGCAGGCACUCUGUCCCUCUCUCCUCCCCAUUCAGCGGCUCUUCUCCUGCUGGAAACCACGGAGGAGGGAAGCAUUCGCCCCGUAACACGCACAGACAUUUCCCCUUACUUUCUAGGAGGAAAAAAAUGCGUGUAAUGGAGCGAAAACUACGGUAUAUUAUUAUUUUGUAUAUUUUAACUUAGAUGUCACCACAUACCUUGACCUGCAUUGCUGCUCCUAACUGGGACCGUCCUUACUCCAGAGAAGUAGCUGUUUUUCCACUGGUAAGUAAUGAGUUAACAUGGGAAGCUUUCUUCAUUCUCAUUUGAGCAGCCAGUUUUAUUAGACAGCAUUACUACUGGAAAAUGUUAGGAACCUUGCAAGCCAACCUUAAAAAGAAAGGUACAUCAGAUGUGCCAAAAAGAGAUGGCAUUAAGGCAAGGAUUAAGCUGCCUCUUCCUUCCUGCUAUAGCCUUCAUAAUUAUCUGCCAUCUCAGCUGAUGCUGCUUUGAAAGAGGUCCUGUAAGUUAAAUGCAAAGGCAGCUUGGAGCCAGAAAACGUUAUCCCCUAACUGGAAUUUGGUGGGGAUAACAUAAGUUAAAAUAGAGUGGCUCAUAACAUUCUGACAAAAAAAACCAUACAAAGACAAGACAAAGCAUAAAGACCUUGAACUAUUGGUUGUUUAUGGCUCAUAUUAUGAUGGAACCCUGAACUUAUGUAGCAGUUAGUGGAUAACCACCUCACAUUUUAUAAUGCUUAAAUUAUUCUGAGGGAUCUUUCCAUUGGUCCCAGAAAGAAAUCAUUCCUUACAGCAGGCAGCAGAACCCUGAUCCCAAACACAUUAGUUAUGUUGAAUUCAAAGUGUAUCCUUUGUCACUUCUGCCAUUUGGCAAACACCUUUUGAAACUUGGGGGCAUCAAAGCAGUUUGAGAUACUCCACGGGGCUAAAAUUAGCAAGCGACUCAAACUCCUUUCAUGAGCCGAAAGGUGGAACUAAUUUCACCCAACUUCUAAAACUUCAGGCUUUGAAGGAUAAACCAGUGCACCACAACUCCUAUAGUACCUAAUGAAGCUGGCUAUUGUCUCUUGUACAUGCUGCAGUAUGCGCGUUACUCUUUAAUGUACCAUAGAAUAUUGUCUGCUAAUUGUCGGUAAUUUAAAAAUUACCUACUGGGUAUGUUUCUCCCACUUUAGCCAUUUGUAAGACCUGAAAAUAAAUUCUGGCCCACAAUUGCUCGAAUCGACGACAUCUAUGGAGAUCAACAUCUGGUUUGUACCUGCCCGCCGAUGGAAGUCUACGAGUCUCCUUUUGCUGAACAGAAGAGAGCAUCAUCUUAGGGUCAGUCUCCCCUCACCUUACCCUGUUCCUUUUUAGGUGACCAGGCUCGACCUCCCUUGCUACGCUUCAGGAAGGAUGGGCUCUUCUGCCCAGUGAACCAUUUUUUUAUACGGUGUAUAUUUUUGUAAUCUCCAUACUGUUGAUUAAAUUUCUGUGCAGCUAUGUAAAUAUACUUUAGGUGGAAACAAACUGACUUGAUGCAGUGCCUCAGUUUCCACAGCAGUUCAUGCUGAAGUGGCCUUGAUUUAACACUCUUUGAUCAAUUCAGGACCAAGGCUGCUUUCCUGUGUUGAGGAGCGCUAAACAUAGAGCGGUAUGUGUAAAAAUAGAACCCUUUUUUUUGUUAAACUGGGCCCUGACAAUACUUCUGUGAUAGAGAGCAAUCCCAGUUUAUUUUGAAUAACGCCUAUACUGUGGGAUUUUUUGGGGGACUCAGGCUGUUUGGUGGCUAAAAUUAUAGUCAUUAUUCACUUUGUAUGAACUGAAAGACAGAGACCACAAUAUGCUGAAACAAAGGAAAGUAAGCUCCUCUGUACCUCACUUUGUAUUAGAUUGUGGCUAUAUACUUUUGUAGUUUGUAUUAAUUAAAUUUAUAUAUUGCUUCUAGUGUUGAUAAUGUCAUUUAAGGAACUCGUUUUUUCUUUUUUAAACUCCCUGUGGUAGCAUUCCAAUAAAAUCUAGAAGUUGUAAUAGCUUUUGAAACCCGAUUUCAAAGUCUGAUUAAAAACAAGAUUUUCUGAAAGUG